CCCGUUGCUCUUGACUCAGGUUAACUCAGCUCGUCUGCAUUCCUGUUCGUCUUCACAGCCUGGCGGAUAGAGACAGAAAGAAAAAGGGGGGUUCGAAAACACACAUAUUAUUAUUCACAACCGUAUGGGAUUUUUUAUGAACCACGGAAUCGACUCGGACACAUCAGGCCACGAAACAUAACCCUCUUUUCAGACGACUCCUUCGGAACUACCACGGAAAAAAUGGCGUGUUUUUAUUUUCUCUAUGAUGGGACUUCGCCUUGAUAUGUGUGUAGGUCAGCUAUCGAAAAGCCGCUAUGGUGAAACAGCCUACAGUCUUUCUACGGCGGAUUUCUCCUCUGUUUUUAAAAUGAGGAUUUGCAAAAUGGCUGAUGACAGCUAGCCCCAACAAGGACAGCACCGCGACGUCCCUUUUAAGCUAAGGAGGGUAUAUCUUUGUAUUUUAUUAGUUAAAUAUAUCAAAUUAGCUUCCUGUAGCCGCGAGCGUCCUUGUCUGAAAACGGCCUCUAUCGGGAGUUUGUGUACCUGUGCUGUGAUAGAAAAUGGUGAGGUGACGUCUGAGCUAAUUUACGCGAUUUAAUCGAGAUAAGGAAGUAGAUAAAUAUGUUGUUGGCUAAAGGCUGAGGCUUUCAUAGGCGAAUAAGGUGGGGACCAAAGUACGAGCGGACGGUACGGCGGGCAUAAAUAAUGCUACCAAUCUUUGUGUGAGGAGAUAUUUGAUAGAUGUGUCGGAGGAGGAGGAGGGGAGAAGCAAACAGCGGCCAACAUUCCUGCGGAUCCUAAAACCCUUUGUUUUGUGCGCAGGAGCUGGACUGGACCAUUAAAACGAUUAACUAUGCAGUAAACAGGCUCGGAACGACGACCUGGCUAUGAUUUCCAGUCUAAUGAGAUUAUAAGGCCUUUGUUGUCGAUAGAAACCCGGUUUAAAAGCUGCGGCCUUGUGUACAGACAGGCGAACUGUGCCACAUAGCAGGCACAUCUGUGUCGCCUUUAUGUCUAAUUAAAACCCCGGUGGCUUCCUCCUCCUUCAUCUGACAACAGCACUUAUAUUUAUCUAUAUACACGUAUAUGUGCUGCCCAGCCAUCGCAUCACGUGUCUAAUUAAAAAGCUGGCUACGGCUCUCUAGAUACUCAUAAUGUAGGGGAGAAAAUUAUUUCGCUGCAUUGUGAUUAUUGAGAGCGUCCUUGAGCUCCUGGGGAGAGAAAAAAAACCCUAUAUCGGCGUUUUAAAGCGCUGUGUGUAAAUAGUAACCAGGGUGCGGACCUGAGCUGUGUUUUUCAUGCUUGGUUUGUUGGUCUGAAUUGGCUCACAGUCAAUCAUACUCCAACCUUUAAGUGGGGAGAAAGCUGCUAAGGCCUGAGCAGGCAGCAGUAAACAUCAGGAGUCUUUUUUUUAUAAAUGUGUCACAUGGAUGCAUCUCGUGAUCGAAUGUAUUCCUGUUGACGGUUAUUUCUCUGUGCCUUGUUUGCAAACCCAUAGUUUAUCUGUAGCAGACGGGCUCUUUGCAUCCCACAGGCCCCUUGUGUGAGUCUGCUGUGGAGGGAGAAAAGCACCAUUUCCUGUAAUCUGCAUAACGUCAGCUCCUUGUUUUUAAAACACCAAAGGUGUUGUCAUCUCUGCCUGGAGCCUCCGCUUUGCUUAGUUUCCUGGAAUUUGCCUUCAUGCUGCAUCAAUAAGCAAUAUUCGUCUUCUGUCUGUGCGCUUUGUCUAAUUCGGAGGGUUUUUGCAGAUAAAUAUUGAUCUUUCUGGACAGCUUUGGAUCUUUUAUGAGUGUUGGGUUUCCUCUGAGAGACACAGAGGCCUAGGGGAUUUUGGAAGAGGUGGAAAAGUUUGAGUUGUAUGCCUGUCUGCAUCAUGAUGGCCUCUGACAUGGCUGAGACGUGGAGGAACUGUUUUGAGGAGGAGCUCAUCUGCCCCAUCUGCCUGCACGUGUUUUCUGAUCCCAUCCAGCUGCCCUGCAAGCACAACUUCUGUCGGGGCUGCAUCAGCGAGGCCUGGGCCAAAGACUCCUCGCUGGCUCGCUGCCCUGAGUGCAACAAUGCAUACACACAGAAGCCCAGCCUGGAGAAGAACCACAAACUGUCCAACAUAGUAGAGAAGUACAACGCCCUGAGCGUGGAGAAGGCUACCGCUCCGGCGCUGCAGUGCAUCCUGUGCCGCCGUGGCCCGCCACUCCCUGCGGUCAAGGUCUGCCUGCGCUGCAACGCUCCAUGCUGCCAGUCCCACAUCCAGACACACCUGCAGCAACCGUGCUCAGCCCUCGGGCACCUGUUGGUGGAAGCGGAGGCGGUGAAGGCCUGGACGUGCCCGCAGCACGACGAACUCCGGCUAUACCACUGCGAGGCCGAGCAGACGGCGGUGUGUCAGUACUGCUGCUUUGCCCGCUGCCACCCCAGCCACGGCCACGCCGUCACCGACGUGGAACUGCGGCGCAACGACAUCAGACAAAACCUGUUGAAGCAGCAGGAGCGUGUGGAGGAGCGAGUGCAGGAGAUCGAGGAGCAGCUUUGCAAACUCGACUCUGACAAGUGUUCAGUGGAGGACAGGGUGUGUGAGCUGAAGGAGGAGGUGCGCCUGCAGUACCAGCGAAUGCAUCAGCUCCUGGAGGAGGACCUGGGCCGUACGCUGGAGGCUCUGGAUCGGGCUCAGGCCCGUUUCUUCCAGGAGAAUUCAACCCAGGUUCUGGUUCUGGGAGAGCAGCGCCAUGAAGCCCAGAAGCUGUUGAGCUCCAUCAACACGGCUUUCAGCAAAGCGGAGGAGCUGAGUUUCAUGAAGAACACCAAACCUGUUAAAAUCCUCACUGACAGGUCUCAGGCGUGUGUAGGAAGCAGCCUCCCUCCCUACAAGGUUGGGAAUCUAAACUCUAAACUGUUUCUUUCUGAGAUCUCCAAGAGAGAGAAGAGCUUGAAGCGAACUCUGGAAGUUCCCCUCACUCCUCCAUCCUCCUUCCUGCAGUCCGUCGCUGCGUUUCCCAGCGGUCAGAGCUCCGGCUCCGGAGCAGAGAAGCGGAAACAUUCCACUGCCUUUCCAGAGGGAAAUGGGACCGCUGGGAAGACCCCAGCUCCAGGCUUUAAGGACUCAUCCUCAUCUUCCUCGUCUUCCUCCUCCUCAUUAGCCAAACAGCACUACCUGGGCUCUGGCGCCACCUCUGGAGAGGGCCAGUCCACCAAUCAGCAGACUCUCGGCCCCUGUGCCCCGCCACACAUCAGCGACACCGGCAGCAACGGGAGUGGAAGCGGCUCGUUGACCAAUCACCACUCUGGCUCUGUGUUCAGCUCUUCGCACUUCCCUCCUGGUGGCAGCAGCUCCUCCCACUCCUCCCAGCAGGCUGUGCUGCCUCAGUACGGCGGCCGCAAGAUCCUCAUGUGUACUGUGGAUAACUGCUACUGCUCCGGAGUGCCCUCUGUUUCAGGCCACCGUAGCCAUCCCCCAUACCCACGCUCUGGUUCCUUUCCCUGGGUUAGCCCCCAGGACUACCCCCCUCCUCCUGGCCUGGCCUCAGGAGGCCCAUCCAUGCAGGGCUUGGCGGUGAGGGAUUGGAUAGAUGCCUCACAGACACACAGACAUGCAGAUUUCUAUGGGCUGUAUGGGCAACCUUCUACAAAGCAUUACGUUACCAGUUAACACAGCAGACACACUCACACACACACAGAUCUUGAGACAGGCACCAAAAUAGCACACCUUUACAGACUUAUAUCUGGAAAAUACAAAAAAAAAAUGUAUCUACACAUACACACAUUAAGAUGAUGUUUAUAUUUAAACACACAUUCGGGGGCAGGGUUGAUCUUUUUGUGUUUUUAUCUUUGGUUAUUUUCAGUCAGCGUGUCAUGUAGUGUAUAAUAGAUGAAACACAAGCAGCCAACGGCUCGCUCUGGCACAACUUGGCUCAGCGUUUCAUACUCAAAAACGCACAGAAUGAUGACGACCAGCCUGGAGAGGACAGGAUGAGAUUCAUCUUUUAUUUAUAGAGUAAGAAAGAAGUUGAUAGAAAAAAAAACUUGUUAGAAAAGUGGCUUUCAUGCUACUUCUGGGCGAGGCUCAAAGGAAACGGGAGAUAAUACCACGCAGUGCUGAGCUCAUGUUUCUCUUAUAAAAUCACCUCUCCUGUCAGACUGAGACCGACCGCCUUAUGCGGUCCUCAUAGUUCACCUUGUUUGAUCAUUUUUGGGCCGGGGGUGGGGGCUUCCUCCUCCUCCUAUUUCCUGAUAUUUUUUUUUUUUUUAGCAUCUUGUUAUCUCUUCCUUUCUUUGCUGAGUUCAGGGAUGGAUCGUACAGCUUGAAAACAAAAUGCUCUUCCAUGGGAAACACCCACAAUGCACUUGUGGACGCCUUGCUAGUCCUUUGACAACAGAUGCAGACCUGCAGGAGGACAAUAGAGCUGCAUCUUAAGGGCCGCUUGACUCUUGACGCUCUGCAUUUUUUGAGAAUUUAGCUCUUGUUCCCAAAUCCCUUCCUGCUGCCCCAGAAGGACAGAAAAUCACACGAAGACUGUUUCCUCUCAGCGACUACUACCGCUCUGCGUUAUCUGGUACAUCUGUAGGAGUCAUGUUUCCCUACUGAGACUGUUCCAUAGGAGAGAAAAAGACUAGAGUGGACAGACCAAACCCAUCCAGCAUCUGGACAAUCUGACGAUGCUGUAAAUGUACUUCCUGCAGGACAAAGAUGUCACAUCCUCUCAAAAAGCACACAAGCUCUUGGCUUCCUGUUUGCAGCUGAAAGCAUGCAAGGGAAGUUUUUUUUAAGUACUCAGAAGAGGAACAAUAGGGCAGGAGGGACUGUGAGCUGUUUUAAAAUGAGUGUGUGAAUGAAACAACUGGCGGGAGGAACGUUUUUUCAUGACUUUUCUUAAAGAACCUGACUGAGAGACGUGAGCAAACAUUUAUCAUCCUUAAAAAAGGAGCUGUUACAACAGCCGACGAUCGGGGGGUGGGGGGGUGCUAAAGUAUCUUUUUUUUUGUAAAUAUUUUGUGAAAAGGAUGAAACAUGAUUUGGAGGAUUCCAAAUAAACAAACAAACUUAA